AUGCCGCAUAAGCCGGCUCUUAAUUUUGACAAAUGGGGACAGCGGGACAAUGAAACUGGAAAAGUUUUUUCCGGUGAAGUUCCUAAACUAAACCCUGUCAGAGCAUCUAGUAGAGAGGGGCGGGAAGGAAAUUCCUGGAGAAAUUCAACUCUUUCUAAGGAAGGGUUUGCCGUUCAAGGUGUGGGAAAUGAGAGUGUUGGUGUAAGGCCAUCCGGCAUGAAUAGAGAGGUUGGGAAGGAUAAUAAAUACCUACCAUCCACCUUCCAAGAUAAUUUUCAUGAUGAUUUUAGAAAGAGGGAGAUAGGUUAUGGACAGAAAGGGAAGCAGCCUUGGAAUAAUCCAAUGGAGUCAUAUGGUGGCCGAGGGCCUGAACGAAAUGUGAGGGAUGGUUUUGCUGGUAAUGAACAAUACAGCAGAUAUAGCUCUAUUUCUAGAAAAGCGCACACUGCCAAGAGUGAAAAGUCUUUUCUAGAGGAUCCUUUCAUGAAAGAUUUUGGAGCUUCUGGAUUUGACGGGAGGGAUUUUUUUCCUGCAAGUCUUGUUGGGAUGGUCAAGAAGAAGAAAGAGGUACCUAGGCAAACGGAUUUUUAUGAUCCUGCUAGGGAAUCAUUUGAGGCUGAGAUUGAGAAAGUUCAGAGGAUGCAAGAACAGGAGCGGCAACGGAAUAUUGAAGAGCAUGAAAGAGCUUUGGAGUUGGCUCGAAGAGAAGAAGAAGAAAGAUUAAGGCAGAUCAGAGAACAGGAAGAGAGGCAAAGGAGGAUGGAGGAAGAAGCUAGAGAGGCAGCUUGGAAAGCAGAACAAGAACAAAUUGAAGCCUUGAGGAAAGCUGAAGAGCAGAUUGCUAGAGAAGAGGAAAAACGGAGGAUCCUUUUAGAGGAAGAGAGAAGGAAACAGGCCGCUAAGCAGAAACUUUUAGAAUUGGAGGAAAGGAUUGCCAGAAGGAAGGCUGAUGCAGCCAAAGUUGGUAACGAUUUUAUGGCUGUUGCAGAUGAGAAACUGUCUGGGAUAGGAGAGGAAAAAGAUGCUCCCAGGCGUACAGAUGUGGGCGAUUGGGAUGACAAUGAAAGAGUGAUUGAAGGAAUUUUGACUUCGUCAUCUUCUAAUUCAUCAGGCCUGAAUAAGUCACUGGAGACUGGUUCAAGGCCUCAGUUUUCUAGAGAUAGUUCUUCCUCCUCUGUGGAUAGAGGGAAGGGCAAUUCAUGGAGAAGAGAUGUAUAUGAGAAUGAAAGAAAUUCAAUAUUCUAUUCACAUGGCCACGUUAAUGGUCUGAACAGUUCAAGUAGAGAUCCACCAAUUGGCGGAAAGCCAUUAAUGAGAAAAGAAUAUGACGGAGGUGCUGGAUACAUGACUUCAAGGGCCUCUAAUAAAGGAGGGAUUGUGGAUGCUCAUUUAGAUGAAUAUGCUAAUGCAAAAGGGAAAAGAUGGAAUGAACCUGGAAAUGGAGAUCAUUUAAGCAGAAAUACAGAGGUUGAUUCUGAUUAUCCUGAUAAUUUGGAAAGAUUAGUGAUGGCUGGACACCGGGCCGUUCUCAUGGCAAUAUGUUUUCUGCAUAUACCGAGCAUUGUUACUCAAGUUCUGAAUCAGAUGGAAGUUAUGCUUUUGGGAGGUCACGGUAUUCUGUUCCUGGAAAAUAACAUUCCAACUGGUUAUGACAAUGAUUACCAGCGGAGUUCUGGACAAUCGGAAGUAGUAGUAGGUGCAUUGCCACAUAAUAAGGAGAAUGAGGAUCUUAAAGUUGAGAGCACCACUGUACCAAGAUGUGAUUCUCAGUCUUCACUCUCUGUUUCAAGCCCACCUAGUUCUCCAACCCAUCUUUCUCAUGAUGAUUUGGAAGAAUCUGGGGUUGCUCCUGCGAUGUUGGCUUCUGUGGAAGGCAAAAACGGCCCUUUGUCUGGUCAGCAAAAUGAUUCAGUUGUAAUGUCUGCAAGAGCUGGGAAUGAGAAUGUGGUUGGUUCCACAUGUGCUUUCUCAUCAGGUGAUGAUGAAGAAUGGACUACUGAGAAUCAUGAACAGUUCCAGGAACAAGAAGAAUAUGAUGAAGAUGAAAAUUAUCAGGAAGAAGAUGAAGUGCAUGAGGGAGAUGAUAGUGUUGCUCUCAACCAGGAGUUUGAAAACAUUAAUUUAGAGAAAGGUUUGCCCCAUAUGAUGGAUAACCUAGUAUUAGGAUUUGAUGAAGGUGUUCAGGUUGGGAUGCCAAAUGAUGAAUUUGAAAGAACUGUAAAAGGCGAAGAAACAUCUUUCAUGGCACAAGCAUCUAGUGCCACUCUGGAAGAACAUGUAUGUUUUGGCAAUGCUUGCAGUGAUGGGAUGUCCCUUCAACCUGUCAAAUCUAAAGCAAGUCUUAAUGAUCCUAGUGUAUUCCGGGAUUCUGAUAAGACAAUGCAAGAUUUGGUUAUUCAGUCUAGUAAAGCCGACUUCAAUACCAUUCAAAUUGGUUCUAUACAGAUGCCACUGCAUCUGCAUCCACAGGUCGGUGCACCCCACUCUCACAUGCACCCAUCACAACCUCCUUUAUUUCAGUUUGGCCAGCUAAGGUACACAUCUCCCAUAUCUCAAGGGAUGAUGCCUGUUGGUCCUCAAUCAAUGUCUUUUAUUCAGCCUAGCAUUCCAUCGGAAUUCUCUUUCAAUCAUAACCCCGGAGGUCCAAUGCCACUUCAAACUGGUCCAGAUGCUAUUGAUGGCUUUGUUAAAAGUGAGAUUCGGUCUCCUGCUGUUGAUAAUCAACCAAGUAACUUAAGUCAUGUAAAUCUAUCUCAAGGAUCAUUGCCAAGUGAGGGUGCUGAAAAUAUGGCCGGGGCAAAUCGGAGCCAAACAAGGAUUCCUCAUGAUGGCAAAAGUAGCACAAGGACAUCUGCAGAUUUUCAAAUGGAUGAACAGGUGCACCAGCCUUUUGUUGCGAAGAGUGGUGGUACCUCAUCCAAUGCUAGAGAUUCCAAAGGUCAACAUAAUGGUCGAGACGUGUCACUACACUCAGCAUCAACAGAGAGAGGUUUUGAAGAGUCCAGCCCCAAGUUAAAUCACCCAGAAGCUAGUGGAUUUCAGAGAAGGCCUCGUCGAAAUAUCCAGCGGACUGAGUUUCGAGUUCGAGUUAGUGGUGAGAAAGGGCUGCCCUCUGGCUUAGUUUCAUCUGAUCAGUUUAGUGCGGAUAUCAAGUCAAAUAUCAAUGGAACUGGUACAGGCACAUCUGCAAAAGCUGGACUGAGGAAGGUUUUCUCCAAUAGAACAGGAAAACAGGCUGUGGAAUCGACAUGCGCAAGCUCAGCUACAGAUUUGUCACAGAAUGUAGAUUCUGGAUUUGAUGCUCCUUUGCAAAGUGGAAUUAUACGUGUGUUUGAGCAACCUGGAAUCGAAGCUCCUAGUGAUGAAGAUGAUUUUAUUGAAGUCAGAUCAAAGAGGCAAAUGAUAAAUGAUAGGAGAGAACAGAGGGAGAAAGAAAUCAAGGCUAAAUCACGGGUUGUGAAGAUGCCACGGAAACCUCGGUCUGCUUCACAUGGUACUGAGGCUAAGGACACUUAUGGCAGGGGAACUCUGUCUAUAAUAGAAGCAGCAAGCAGUAGUCACGCUGAUUUUGUUGUUCCUGAUGGGAAUGGAAUGCAAAAAAGUGAAAUAUCAGCUGGGUCUGUGUCCCAACCUUUAGCUCCUAUAGGCACACCUCCUUUGAAAAUUGAUGCUCAGCCUGAUUUAAGAUCAGAGACAAACAGGUAUUUGCUGUCUCUGGUGGAGGAAAAACCCGGGGCUGGGGUGAUAUUUGAGAGCAAGAAUAAGGUUCUGAAUAAUGUUCAGACAUCUUUGGGCAAUGCACAAACUAGUCAACAGGUCAUGGCCCUUACACAGAGGCAAUUUGAUGAGGCUAUGAAGCCUCAACAGUUUGAUUCCCAGGCUUCUGGAGGAGAUCUGACGGUGAACUAUAGUAAGCCCAGCUUGCCGACAUCAUCCAUCUUGACAAGAGAAAAACCAUUUUCUUCUGUUGCGAGCCCAAUCAAUUCCUUGCUUGCUGGAGAGAAAAUCCAGUUUGGAGCUGUAACAUCUCCAACAGUACUUCCACCUAGUGGCCAUGCACUGUCUCAUGGAAUUGGCCCUUCAUCAUCCAUGUCAAACAUGCAAAUAUCACAUAACCCUGCUGCAUCUGAUCAUGAUUGCAGUCUUUUCUAUGAUAAAGAGAAACACAACAAUGGAUCUCAUGACAACUUAGAAGAUUGUGAAGCUGAAGCUGAAGCAGCUGCUUCAGCUGUUGCUGUUGCUGCUGCGAUCAGCAGUGAUGAGAUUGCUGUAAAUGGUUUGGGUACUUCAAUCUCAGUUUCAGAAGCUAGAAGUUAUGGAGCUGCAGAUAUUGAUGGCAUAGCUGCUGGGGUUGCUAGUAAUCAGCAAUCAGCUAGUAAAGCUAGAUCUGAAGAGCCUCUUAGUGUAUCUCUUCCUGCAGAUCUAUCUGUUGAGACUCCACCAAUUUCGUUAUGGCCGCCCUUACCAGCUCUGCAAAAUUCAAGCCAAAUGCUUUCACAUUUUCCUGGGGGCCCUCCUCCACAUUUUCCCUUCUACGACAUGAAUCCUAUGAUGGGUGGUCCUGUUUUUGCCUUCGGACCACAUGAUGAGUCUGCAUCUACAGCACAACCACAGUCCCAAAAGAAUAGCAUGCAAGCAUCAGGGCCAAUUAGCAGCUGGCAACAAUGCCAUUCUGGUGUUGAUUCUUUUUAUGGACCUGCAGCUGGAUUUAGUGGCCCUUUUAUUACUCCCCCCAGAGGGAUCCCGGGUGUCCAGGGACCACCGCCACACAUGGUUGUUUAUAACCAUUUUGCACCUGUUGGACAAUAUGGACAGGUCGGUUUGAGUUUCAUGGGUGCCACCUAUAUCCCGUCAGGUAAGCAGCAGUCUGAUUGGAAGCACAACUCCACAUCAUCUGCAACAGGUGCCGGUGAAGGAGAUAUGAACAAUAUGAAUAUGGCACCGUCUCAGAGGAAUCCUGUCAACAUCACUGCUCCAAUUCAGCAUCUUGCCCCUGGUUCACCACUUGUGCCGAUGGCUUCUCCUCUGGCCAUGUUUGAUAUGUCUCCUUUCCAGUCUUCACCUGAAAUGUCAGCUCAAGCUCGAUGGACGCAUGCCCCUAAUUCGCCACUUUCAUCUAUUCCUCUGUCAAUGCCACUGCAGGAAGGAGCGCAUACCUCGCAGUAUAGUCAUGGUCCAUCUGUUGACCAACCUAUGAGCGUCGAUAGGUUUCCCACUUCUCAAACGUCUGCCCCCUCUGAUGGUGAUAGGAAUUUUCCUACAGGAGCUGGUGUAAUUUUAACCGGUUGCCAGAUGAACUUGGACUAGUGGAUCCUUCAAACACCUCAGCUGCUAAGCAAUCAGCGCUGAGCAGUGUCAUCAAGACUCCAUCCGUGAGCAUUAUUGCAGAUGCUGCCAAGGUUGAUGUUCAGAGUGGCAAUGGCAGCAAUAGCAAUAGUCAGAAUGCAAGUGCUGCUUUCAAGAGUCAGCCCUUGGAAAAAAAUAAUACUCUCAGCAGUAUGAUCAUUCUUCAGGGUAUACUAAUUAUCAGAGAUCUGUUUCUCAGAAAAAUAGUUCUGGGGGCGAGUGGUCUAGCCGAAGGAUGGGGUUGCAAGGAAGAAACCAAACUUUGGGUGCAGAUAAAAGUUUUUCAACAUCAAAGGUGAAGCAAAUCUAUGUGGCUAAACAGACCACUGCUGGGGCAUCCGUGUCAUGAGAGGGCAAGAAAGAGUUGCUAGAUUUGAAAAUAGUCCGAAUGCUUUACCAGUAUUUUGAUGUGGCAGAAAAUAAAAAUUUUGUUGAGAUUCUAGUUUGUUGGUAGUUCUGGCUGAGCAUUAGGUAGGUAUUUUUGUUGUCUCCAUCGGAUUGUAUGGGCUUGUUGGGCUGAUCCUCCUGAUGAAGGCCGCUGUGAAGUGAUUGAUAUUAGCUUUACCCCCCCCCCCAAAAAAAAACUGAUAAUUAAUUAUAAUUUUCAAUAUGGUGUUAUUUAUUUUCAAAUCUAGACCAACGGAUGAAUUCUUUGUGAUCCACUUCAUUCUUUCUCCUGAAGAUUUGAUUGAACAUGAGGGGGUCUGAGGCAAUGCCUGCGUGAAACUGCAUGGCGUACCGACAUUGAACAGCUUGGCUCGCUGUUACUGGAUGAAGGAAGCAAUUUUGAUUGUAGAGCUAGCUUCGUACAGAUUGAGCCGUUUUUCCUGGGCAGUGAGCUAUCAUUGUUUGAGAGCCUUCCACAGCACCAUUCUUCUGAGGAUCUGUUUUUUGGCGUGGAGGAUUCCAGUUAUUCCCGAGGGACAAAGAAUCUGGUUGUGUUGGUCUUAGCAAUUACUUGUUUGAAUUUAGACCAUUUUAUCAUUGGAUUUCAUUGGAUUUGGAGUUGGCAGUUGAGAAUUUAGAUCAUUAGCCUGACAAUGAUUCUAUUGAUAUUUUGAUCUAAAUUGGAUUUUUUUCCAGUCAACGUUGCUUUUCUUUUAUUCGCACUCUGUUUGUUGAUUGGAUUUGUGCCAUCAAGCAGCCAAUUCAGACAGAUGACCGAAAUGCAAUCACAGGUCCUAUGAUUUCUUGUACAGGUUCUUGUGUUUUUGUAUGGCCUUCUUAGCGCCUCUUGAUGUGCCUGAAUUCCUCCGCCCGGAAUUCUGAGCAUUAGAAAACCAAGGAACAGAUGAUGUCUUGGUAUGUAUUUUUGUUGGACAUAAUGUUUAUUACGCAUCAACAGGGAAAUUCAAUUAUUAAGUCGAUCCUUUA